AUGGCGGACAACUUGGACUUGCGCGGCAGAGGCGAGAUCGUAUUCGCCGUCACCAUCGUAGUGUAUUCGCUGGCAACAAUCGUUGUCGCACUGCGAAUGCUCUCGAGAGGCUUCAUUGUGAAGAAGAUACAUCUGGACGACUACUUCAUGCUAGUGGCAUGGAUCAUCGCCUGCGGACUGUCCUUUUCAAUAUGCUAUGGAUGCGCCUAUGGACUGGGCCGACAUGAGCGGAACAUACCGGAUGAAUGGCAACAUACGCUCAAGCAGGCAAACUAUGCCUUCAGCAUCUUAUACCAGCCGGCUCUGAUGGCUACGAAGAGCUCCAUCCUGGUCUUCUUUCUGUCGUUCACCAAGGCCAACGACAUUGUCAUUUUCCGCUGGGGCUGCUGGCUGACCCUCUUCUUCGUCAAUGCUGGAGGGUUCGCGUUGACAAUGGUCACUGUGUUUCARUGUACGCCAAUAUCUGCACUCUUCCAAUCAGUCACCCCAGCGGGUGCGAGUUGUACAGAUAUCCUCACCAUCUACCUGGCCUCGAUCCCCUUGAAUAUCAUCACGGACUUUGCUUUGCUAUUUCUGCCCAUGCCUAUUCUUACUAGUAUGCGACUGCCCUCGAAACAGAAGCUCAUCCUAGUGGUGACGUUCUCCUUUGGAUUACUGGCGAUCGUGGUGGACAUUGUGCGAAUAUCGUACUUGCAAGGCGCCUCUCAAAUGCGCCUCGCGGAGAUUCAGAAUAACAGCGCCGAGCCUGGCGAUCUUCGGACUGUCGAAUCAACCGACUCUUCCUUUUACCUGGCAUUCUCCUUCAUGUGGAGUGCUGUGGAGGUUGCAAUUGGAAUCAUUGUAGCCUCGGUUCCCGCGCUCAAGCCGCUCGUCGCUCGCUUCAUACCGAACAUGUUGCGCGAUCCGGGUGAUGCCUCUUCCGCGGUCAACACAUUCUCGUCACCAAACCCCGAGGUGGACAAAGCUGCCCCACCCAUUCCAGAUGAUGUUCACGAUCGCAGCCUUGGGAGAGCACCGUCUCCUGGGAACGGCGACGAUUCCAUGGACAUCCUUCAAUUCCUAUCUGGCCGUCGAGAUUUUGCUCGACCUUCGGCCGAUACGGGUAGGAGAGAAGAGGAAGAGGAAGGCCAGAUGGGGAUGAUGGACUUCCUCACCACCCCGGAGACGGCUCUGGAGCGAUCACAGACUAUGCUGACCAACACCUCACGCAAUACAUUACCCGCCUCUCCCAACUUCUUCGACUUUGUUGUUCAGAAGCAGCGAAAGUGUAUGGUACACAUGAGUAAUCGWGAGUCCUUCAUUCCUCUCGCAGGAGUAACGGUUCUGUUCUUCAUCUGGGGCUUCGAAUAUGGCCUGCUAGACUCGCUGAAUCGUCAAUUCCAGACAGUGGCCGAUGUUACAGAUUCUCAAGCUGUUGGUCUACGAAGUGCAUACUAUUUGGGCUACUUUUUCGGGCCACUGACCGUCGGACAUUGGGUUCUUAAACACUGGGGAUUCAAGGCAUGCUAUCCCAUAGGACUCUGCAUCUACGCAUCUGGAUGUCUAAUCUACUGGCCUGCCGCUGUUCUCACGUCUUGGGGAACAUUUCUAGCGACAAACUUUAUCGUUGGAUUCGGUCUCAGUCUUCUGGAAGUAUCUGCCAACGCUUUCAUCGUGCUCUGCGGACCUCCCGAGUACGGCGAGAUGAGAAUCAAUCUCAGUCAGGGAAUUCAAGCUUGUGGGAGCGUGGUCGCUCCGCUGAUUGCUAAUUGGGCGUUCGUCUCAAACUCAAGUCCUUCUUUGGUCAACACGCAAUGGGCCUAUCUCGGAAUAUCUCUGACUACUGUGCUUCUCGCUGUGGUCUAUUUCUACGCUCCCCUGCCGGAAGCCUCUGACGAAGAGCUCGAAGACGCGGCCGAACGUAUGGACGGAGCAAACAAGGCCCAGAUUUGUCGAAUUCCUGUGCCAUGGAUUGUGCUGGGACUCGGUGUUUGCGCCCAGUUCUGWUACGUGGGAGGGCAGGAGGUGAAUGGCAAGUUGGACAGAUACCUCCAGACGGUAGCCCCCGACUAUGAUGAAGUACACUACUUUGCCGUUGCUCACACCGCAUUCGCCAUAUCGAGGUUUCUGACAGCAGGCCUGGGAUUCUGGAUCAAACCUCGCAUUCUCCUCGCGAUAUUCCUCUGCGGGUUGAUCAUCUUCAAUGUGCUGGCUAUGAACCAAACGGGUACCGUUGGAGUUGCCAUGGUUGUCAUGACAUAUUUCUGGGAGGGACCGCUCUUCGGUCUCAUCUUCGCGCAGGGCAUGCGCGGCCAAGGAAGGCAUACUCGGAUUGCGACUGUCCUCCUGACCUCAUCGAUCGGCGGCGGUGCGGUCUUCUCGCCUAUUUCGACCACUAUGGUUUACGCGGGACGCAGUGUGCAGUUUAGUCUUGUGGUGGCUGUUGCUGCUUYUGGGGCCUGCCUUGUGUUUGCUCUGGGAGUGAAUGUGAAUCGCAAGACGAGAUUGCUGGUCGAUCCCAUGCGAUAUGGUGCUGGAGGAGGAGGUCAGAAGGAGAAGGAGCGAGGUAGCUCGACCAGCAGUCGUGCCAGUCGCGCUCUCAGCUUUUUGAACUCGGGCAUCAUGAAGCCCGCAGAUAUGGAGUACCGGGAGCGUAGGGCCUCACCGGGCAGGGAGGACGAGUGA